GACCUCAAAGAUCAUUGAGUCCAUUCCUCACAUCUGUCUCAAAUACAGCUCCUGGACGCAUACAAAGAACAUCCCAGUUCUGAAGAACCUUAAACCAGGACCGAACAUGUCAUCUCUGAAGUGAAAUCUGCGGGCACAUGAGGAGUCAAAGGAGCUUUCUGCCUGGGCUCAAGACCUGGCCCCAUCCCCAGCGUGGCAGGAUGGCUCCUAGCUGGAUGUUUUGUUACCUUUGGCUGUUGGAUGUUUUGGUGGGGCACACAAGAGGGCACAGUUUAUUUUCUUGUGAGCCCAUCAUCUUGCGGAUGUGCCAGGAUCUGCCUUACAACACCACCUUCAUGCCUAAUCUCCUGAAUCAUUAUGACCAGCAAACAGCAGCAUUAGCAAUGGAGCCCUUUCAUCCCAUGGUGAAUCUGGAAUGCUCCAGGGACUUCCGACCCUUCCUCUGUGCCCUCUAUGCUCCUGUGUGCAUGGAGUACGGCCGUGUCACGCUCCCCUGUCGCAGACUCUGUCAAAGAGCAUACAGUGAGUGCUCCAAGCUCAUGGAGAUGUUUGGGGUAUCUUGGCCUGAGGAUAUGGAGUGCACCAGAUUCCCAGACUGUGAUGAGCCAUAUCCUCGUCUUGUUGACCUCAAUUUAGCUGGGGAGCCCACAGAAGAGGUCCCGGUGGCAGUCCAGAGGGAUUAUGGUUUUUGGUGUCCUCGGGAGCUGAAAAUAGACCCUGAUCUAGGCUACUCUUUCCUGAGGGUACGAGACUGCUCCCCUCCUUGCCCAAACAUGUAUUUCCGGCGUGAAGAGCUCUCCUUUGCUCGCUACUUCAUCGGAGUGAUCUCCAUCGUCUGCCUUUCUGCUACCUUGUUCACCUUUUUAACCUUUCUGAUCGAUGUCACACGGUUUCGCUACCCGGAGAGGCCGAUCAUAUUUUACGCCGUCUGUUACAUGAUGGUGUCGCUAAUCUUCUUCAUUGGCUUUCUGCUUGAAGACCGAGUGGCGUGCAAUGCCUCUAGCCCUGCCCAGUACAAAGCUUCCACAGUGACACAAGGCUCUCACAACAAAGCCUGCACCAUGCUGUUCAUGGUGCUCUAUUUCUUUACGAUGGCUGGCAGUGUCUGGUGGGUCAUUCUUACCAUCACGUGGUUCUUGGCAGCUGUGCCAAAAUGGGGCAGCGAAGCGAUCGAGAAGAAAGCGUUGCUCUUCCACGCCAGUGCCUGGGGCAUUCCAGGGACCCUGACCAUCAUCCUCUUAGCAAUGAAUAAAAUUGAAGGUGACAAUAUUAGCGGCGUAUGUUUUGUCGGCCUCUAUGAUGUGGAUGCGCUGAGAUACUUUGUCCUUGCACCUCUCUGCCUGUAUGUGGUUGUUGGAGUUUCUCUUCUGCUAGCUGGCAUUAUCUCGCUCAACCGGGUUCGCAUUGAGAUCCCGCUAGAGAAAGAGAACCAGGACAAACUGGUGAAGUUCAUGAUCCGUAUUGGCGUGUUCAGUGUCCUGUACCUCGUGCCACUGUUGGUUGUAAUUGGCUGCUAUUUCUAUGAGCAGGCUUAUCGAGGUGUGUGGGAGACGACCUGGAUCCAAGAGCGCUGCAGAGAAUAUCACAUCCCGUGUCCCUACCAGGUCACUCAGAUGAGUCGUCCAGAUUUGAUUCUCUUCCUCAUGAAAUACCUCAUGGCUUUGGUCGUGGGGAUACCCUCAGUCUUCUGGGUUGGAAGCAAAAAGACCUGUUUUGAGUGGGCUAGCUUCUUCCAUGGGCGCAGGAAAAAAGAGGUGGUGAACGAGAGCCGGCAAGUGCUGCAAGAGCCAGACUUUGCUCAGUCUCUGCUGAGAGAUCCCAACACCCCCAUCAUCCGAAAGUCAAGAGGCACCUCCACACAGGGCACCUCCACGCACGCCUCCUCCACCCAGCUGGCGAUGAUGGAUGACCAAAGGAGUAAGGCAGGCAGCGUCCACAGCAAAGUGAGCAGCUACCAUGGCAGCUUGCACCGAUCGCGAGACGGCCGGUACACUCCAUGCAGCUACAGAGGCGUGGAAGAAAGACUACCUCACGGCAGCAUGUCGCGGCUGACAGACCACUCGAGGCACAGCAGCUCCCACCGGCUCAACGAGCAGUCCCGGCACAGCAGCAUCAGGGAUCUCAGCAGCAACCCAAUGACACACAUCACGCACGGGACCAGCAUGAACCGCGUGAUCGAGGAGGACGGCACCAGCGCCUGAGCCGCUCUGAUCUGCAGGGAGACGCAGACGUGGCCGCACCGCCGGCGGCCGCACCUCAGCCAUGUGAUGAUGCUCAGUAUUAUCCUGCCUCUCAUCGGGUGCUGAUCUCGUCCCAUCAGGAAGCCGAAACCAGCUUCUUUGUGUUGAAAGCCACCACUCCUGUACUUGCUUCAGCGCUUAAAGCGUUCAGCAGUCUGGAAUUACUGAGUAAAAAGCUGGUCGCCUCAGUUGAACCUCUCUGGAGGUAAUUAUUUAUUCAGUAACUGUCGCUCAUCAGACCCUUGCUGAAUUUCUUGUUGCUGAAAAACAUCCCCCCCCCUCCCUCCAACGGCUCUGCACCUUGGUAGGUGUUACCCUCGGAAACUUGCUGGCAGCGUGACACUGAGGUUCUUCCCUCUGAGGCAUAAGGGAACCCUGGAAUACCAAAGGAAUCCCUCCCUCCAGCUCUGAUGAGAUCCCACGGCGAUGCUGGAUUUCACCCAGGGGAGGCACAUGAGGUGCUGUACAGAGGACCUCUGCGUGCACCGGCAGGCGCUCGUCCGGAUUACACUGGAAGCGUGAUGCAAGAGUAGAGCAUUCUGGAGAAGGAAGGGAGAUACCAAAUUCCUCUUAUCCAUAAAGGAGACUCUGCUGGUGCUUACCAGCUCUUAGCAGAGCUGCUCAGGCUGAGUGGCUGGGCCAGGGCUGAAGGGUGGGGGGAUGUGAGAGAGGCAGGGCAGAGGGGGUUUUGUAUAACUUGUAUGGUCCUUGCUUUUUUACGGAAGACUAUUUAAAUUUUCUACUUGUUUACAAUUUAUGUAGGCAGAGAUCAAUUUUAAACCCAGUUAACGUAGAUAAUCUUCAGCCACUUAUUUUUUAGAUUCAUGUACAAAAGCUGAGAUUGCCUGUUCCUUAUCUAUUUAAAAAAGAAUAUUAAGGGUAGCAGAACUGCGUUUGUCGCCCAGAUUAGAAUGUAGAACGUUUUGCUUACAAACAGAAC